GGAAUUUUAUCAGUCUUACUGAUCAUCAGUUUAGCAGAGCUCAGCAUCUCUGUGACUAUUGCAUGCUUUAGAAGCAAGUGCUGGAUACAUUCAGAUGAGGUUGUGUUUUUCUUGCCUUCGGAUAUUCCUCCAAAUAGUGAACAACCUGUCCCAGAACAAAAUGCUCAGUUACAAUUUGAGCUUCAAGAGGAGUCUUCCAGUGAUGAUACAACAAUGAACCUGCAAUCCUUUUUCUUUGGAGGCUAUGCUUUCUUCAAGUUAAGAAUCACAAGCAGUUCUUUAGCCUCCCAACCCAGGUCACACACACAUAAUAAAAAUAUUUACCACACAGGUUCUGCAUCUGUGUCAGAUGAACAACAGCAAAGUAUCCCUCCACCUUCAGAGGAAGAACCUUUGCCUCCAGUUUUAGAAAGAAAGCCCUCAGAAAAUAUUAUGCACAUUCAGGAAGACCCUACAUUUGAACGAUUAAAAGGUGAAGACCUACAACUUGCUAUUGAUCAACCUCCCAAAAUGCAAACCCAAUUGGCUCAGGACCAAGCCUUGCCUCUCCAAGUUUUGCCAUUCCAUUCUGAACUAAAACUCCAACAAUUAUCACCUGAAGACUUGCCAUCUCAACCUCUGCCAGUACAAGCCCUGCCAGUUCAAGACCUGCCAGUACAAAACAUGCUAUCUCAAUCCCCAUCAUCCCACGGUAUACAGUCUUUUGACCUGACAGCUGAAGACUUGCCCUCCCAAUAUACACCAUCCCAAGACACAUCAUCCCAAGACACGCCUUUCCAAGAUGUACUAUCCCAAAACACACCAUCUCAAGACAUGUCUUCCCAAGAUAUGCUGUCCCAAGCUCUGUCAAAAGCCAUGCUAUCUGAAGCCUCAACACCCAAUAUUGAGCAGUUCCCUAAUGUGAAAUACCUACUUCAGCAAUCCCCAGAUCUUCAACCACAAAACAGUCAACCUCAAAACCUGGAACUUUUACAAAUACCAUAUGAAGACAUUCAAUCAGAAGUCAUGGAAGAGACCAAAAAGUGGGAAUCUGCGGAGGAACUCCACAGAAAGAAAUCCUCAAGAAGACAUUCCUUAGCCCAGCAAACCAAAGGCUACCAGUCCCCAAGAAGGAAUUCCUUAGACCAGCAAACCAAAGGCUACCAGUCCCCAAGAAGAAAUUCCUUAGAUCCACAAACCAAAAGCUGGCAAUCUCCAAAACGGAAAGCCCUAGAGAAGCAAAUCAGACUCUUGCUAUCCCAAAAGAGGAAAUCCCUUGAUAAACAAACUGAAUAUCCUCAAACUCCAGAGCAACUGCGAGAUCAGCAGCACGCUGAUGUCCACCAGGCCAAAGGGGAGCAAGCCCCAAAGGGACAGCUCAAAGUUGGGCAAAAGAAGGACCACCAGGCUGAAAAGGAGCAAAGCCCAAAGAAACAAA